AUGGGAAUGAAGUCAUCUAAGGAAAGAGGAAAGAAAAGAAAAAAAGAGCCAGAGCUGCCAGAUUUUUCUGAGGAGAGACCCAUAACAUAUCAACCUUUGCCUUCUCGCAAUCACUCGGAUAUUGAGUGAGAAUUAAAACUCGCAAAAAAUAAGAUCGAAACUCUUGAGUCAGAACUCAAAGACUGUAAGCAAAAAAUAGAAGUCCUUGAAGAAGACAAAAAUGCAGCUUUAGAAAAGCUUGAAAAGCAUAAAGAAUAUAAAUUUUUGUCAGAAUUUUAUAUUAAGCAAGUCGAAGAAUAUAAAAAUACAUUGGAUAAACAUGACGAUAUGUAUUUAAAGCUGAGGAGUGAGUAUGAUGAUAAAAUUGAGCAUUACAAAAAUCAAUUGCAAGAACAUCAAGGUGCAUUUAAAUUCCAGCAAAAAUAUGAAAAUUCUAUAAAAUCACAGCAAAUUGCUCAUAGAUUGGAUCUGCUUGAUUUAGAAAAGCGAUUAUUGGAACGUAAAAUCAAGGUUUUAAGUGAUGCAUCAUAUUAUAAUGUCAAUAAAGAAAUAGAAAAAGAUAGAAAUAGGCUACAAGAAAUAUACGAUGAGGCUUUUAUGAGUCGAAAAUAUAUAGCAAAUGCAUAUUACUCAGAUGAAGAAAGUGGGAGCUACACGAUAAAAGAAAAAGAAGGUAUUCGAAUGAUAAAGCCAAGAGAUUAUGAUCCAGCCAAAUGCCUUGAUUAUUUUAGAAGAAAAAGUUCUGAAACAGCCCGAACUUUUAGCUAUUCAAAUACAGAUUCAAUAAAAAGUAUUCCUAGAUCUGGUAAGUAUUCAAGUUAUUCUAACACAGAUUCUCAUCAUACAAAGGCUAGAAGUGUUGCUAAUACCACAGAAACAUGAGAUACUCAAUAUGAACCUGAACAAUGAAACCUCUACAUAUCAUCAUUUAAAAGUCUUAGCCAAGUUUUAGAGCAUUUUAUUGACUUAAGCAAAGAAAUUAAAAGCAGAGUCAACGAUGUAAGAAACAAAUUGCUUUAUCUUUUGAAACCUUAUAAAAAUCACAAUCAAGAGUACAUGAAGAACGUUUUAUUCGAAUUUUUCAAGGGAUUCUCAAGAAGAAUAGAUAUCCCUCAACUUUACAAAAGUCCUGCUGAUCUAUUCAAUCAUUUUCUUAAUGAGUUUGGCUUUGAAAAAUCGCCACCAAACUUAUUUGAUUUUCAAUUAUCUAAGAUCACUUGUUGUGAAUUCUGCAAUUCCUCACUCCCUCAAAGUAUCUGUAAAGUUUCCGUAUUUGAGGUAAAUUAAUCCUCUUUAACUUGGGAGCAAUUUUAAUUUAGGAUAUACACAUAGGGUAAGCAAGGAAACCUUAAUCUUUAAUAUUACUAAUCCUAGUAAUUAAUGCCGUCAAAAUACAUAUAGCUAGGAGUGCAAAUAUCUACUAUUCAACCAAAGUUUUCACAAUAAAAAUAAUUUUAUUACGAAUAUUUAAAAUAUUUUAUAUAUUCCUUAAAUAUGAGCAGAUGUUUUAUUUAAAGGAGUUAUUAAGAGACACUAACGAAUUUUAUCUUUGGUUUCAACUAAAGGAUUUGCCUUUUACUAGUAUCCAAUCUUUUAUCAAAUCUUCUUUAGAAUCAUAUAAAAGUGAAAAGGCAGAGCAUUGCGCAAGUUGUAUGGAAAUUCAGCGAAUGAACUGCAGUACCGUUUUUUUGACCUUACCUAAAUAUUUAGUUUUUGAAGAUGAUCCCAAUAAUCUAAAUAGUAAAAUCAAGAAUAGACAAUGCAUCUUAGAAAGAAGGAUCUUUGUCAAUGAAGACGAGUAUAAUUUGUUUGCAUUUAUUUUCAAAAAUAAGGAAAAUUUAUAUAUGGCAAAAAUAUUUGAUAAAGAAGCAAGUGAUGAAAGUCUAAGUUUGAAAAGGGGGAGUCGAUAUUCGUCUGCUUUGAUGAUAUUUUAUAUAAAGAAAUAUAUUACUUACUAUUACUUGCUUAAUAUUAUACAAAAGUUCACUGUUAGGUACCAUAGGGGCCUUAUUCCUGACCAUAGUACUUAA